AUGUCCGGCGGCGACGUCUCCCGCGUCCUCUCGGUGCACCGUGGCCCCGUCCGCCGCCUCUCCCUCGGCUGGCGCAGCUGGAGCGGCAACUACCCCGACCUCGACGCCUGGCUCCGGUUCCCCGCGCUCGACGGCCUGCAGGAGCUCGAGCUCUGGCACGGGUUCACGCACCCGGCGCCAAUGCCGCCGGCCGCGUUCCGGCUGUCGGCCUCCCUCCGCGGCCUCGGCCUCAGCGGCGGCGUCAGCAACUUUUGCGGCGGCGAGUUCGUCUUAUUCCCAGCGGAGGACGUGGACAGGCUCCACUUCCCCCACCUCGAGCAGCUCACGAUGAAGUGCGUCGACAUUGCCGAGACCGUGCUCCACGCCCUGCUGUCCAAAUGCCCCGUGCUUGAGAGCUUGGUGCUCAGCCAAAAUGAGGGUUUCCAUCGCCUCCGGAUCAGCUCCCCUACCCUUAGUAGCCUUGGGGUUUCGGAUGACCGCGAAGAGCUCUGGGAUCUUGAGAGGCUGAAAGAAGUCGUCAUCGAGGAUGCCCCUCUCCUGGAAAGGUUCUUCAUCAGGCAUUCGGAAGAGGGAGAUGGAGAUGCAUUCGCCGGCUCGCCGCCAUGGCGGCGGUUCCUGGAGCCAAGAAAGCGAGGGUGCAGCCGGCCGGCGGCGCGCGGCAGCCAACAUCCACCAGCGAAGCACCGGAACCGCGGUCCCGACCUCAUCAGUAACCUCCCGGACGCCAUCCUCGCCACCAUCAUCUCCCUCCUCCCCACCGACGACGGCGCCCGCACGCAAGCCCUCGCCACCCGGUGGCGCCACCUCUGGCGCUCCGCCCCCCUCAACCUCUGCGACGACGACCUCGUCGGCUAUGACGACCUCUGUGGCCUCGAGGAGCACGGCUGGAUCGCCGAUCUCGUCUCCCGCGUCCUCUUCGCUCACCGGGGCCCCGUCCGCCGCCUCUCCCUCGUCUCCCACAGGUACCCCGAUCUGGACGGCUGGCUCCGGUCCCCCGCGGUCGACAACCUCGAGGAGCUCGAGCUAUGGGACGGCUUCGCGCCGACCGCGCUGCCGCCGGCCGCGUUCCGGUUCUCGUCCUCCCUCCGCGCCCUCAGCGUCAGCGCCGGCCGCGAGGUAGUCGUCAAUUUCCCCGCCGAAGAUGUCGAUAGGUUCCAUUUCCCCCACCUCAAGCAUCUCACGAUCCGGUGCGUCGAGAUCGACGAGAGCUCGCUCCACACACUCUGCUGUCCAAAAUGGGGGCUCCCGAUGCGUCCGAAUCAGGUCCCGAACCCUUAAAAGCUUUGGUGUAUCUGUCGUGGGCAAUGAGCCGAUUGUUGGUCAAAGGCUGGAACAGGUGAUCAUCGAGGAUGCCCCUCUCCUACAGAGGCUAUUCCUCCGGCAUGCAGAAGAUGGCCUAUCAGUCCGGGUAUCUGGGG